AUGACCUGCGGUGACCCGCCCUGGGCUAGCAGCUCGGGGGCUGUGCGUGCUAUCUGCAACCCCCAUUACAAUUUGCGCACCAAAGACAGUGACCUCCUGCUGCUCAAGCUAGCGCCCCCUGCUGCCAUCAACGAGUAUGUGUGGCCCCUGCCGCUGGCCACGCGCUGUGUCCCUCCCGGCCGGCGCUGCCUGGUGUUGGGGCGGGGAACGACCUCCAGCCCCCAGCAAUUGACAAUUAACUCUUUCUUCUCCGACGUCCUACAUUGCACAGACAUGAACAGGAUCUCAGCAGCAGAGUGUCAGGUGGCGUACCCUGCAGGCGUGACUGACAACAUGUUGUGUGCGGGGGGUGAAAGAAGGAGGUGGGGACUCCUGCCAUGUGAGGGUGACUCCGGGGGCCCUCUGGUCUGUGACAGAGAGCUCCAGGGCGUCAUUUCCUGGGGAGAGGUAGAGUGCAGCCUGCCCAACAAGCCUGGGGUCUACACCAGAGUCUGCAAAUUCCUGGGCUGGAUCCGCAGGACCAUGUGGGAGAACUGA